AGCGAAAUUGGAAGUCGAAGCACUUCUUUUCCUGAGUCUGUACGUGUAUUUUCUCUUUCCGUUUCCACCACACAACACAGACAAGGCAGAUACAGCGGUAUCCUCUCCAACCGGCAAGUCAACGUCCAACAAACGAGCAACAUGCCCCCCCCCCCCUCCACUGCCUUCGCAUGACGGCGGCGGUAGCAUGUCCAUGGGAGCACACCGGUCGCCAGUGUCACUUGCUGGUGACGAAUUCACCCGAAUAGAAGGUUCAGCAGACCCGUGCGGCGGUCCCGUGCCGGCAUUAGAAGGCAAUCCGACGGCGUCAUUGAUGAUGUUGUCAAGGCGAAGACGUAAAUCUGGUGCGCCGACCUCUGCUCAAAAUAAACGGUACGGCAGGUCUAAGACUUACAACAACAAACCGUGGGCUCUUGACUGGGUAGGCGGUUUGCAUAAACCGGGGUGUGGGGCUGUUAUCUUCUUGAGCGAUGACAAUGGCGCCACUUGGUACUGUUGUGGGGAUGUGGAGAAAUCCGAGGCAGGCAGGAAGACCUACGAAGGGAGGACGUUCAGGACCUUCUUCCUCACGUCCGUCCUCGACAGCGCUGGGACGGACUGGGUCAAGGAAGACAAGAAGGUCUCCCUUGACCUGCGUCUCUUCCAAGGAUACGGCGUCAAGGCUUUCUCCAUGAAAGCAUUUGACGUGUGUGGGGACGGAACUGAAUUCCGAAUGCUUUCUCCGGAAGAAUUUCUCAGCAAAACAAACGCCAACCGCGUCACUGGCUGCCUUCUUGUUGUCGACAGUUCUUUUCGGAUGAGCAAACCUUUGGUCCAAUUCAACAGUCCGAUGGACUGGCUGCCAGGUGUGGUUAAGCGGUACAGGGAAGACUUCUCGAAGCUGCCGCCUGAUCAGCAAACAGACUGUGUUUUUUUGCCCUUCGAGGCGGGUUCCAAGAGCAGGCGACAAACGCCGCCCGUGACGACAAGGAAGACAAAGCAGUUGCCGGGUGGGCCGUCGGGCGCGAAUCUUCCCUCACCCUCCGUGAGGGGAGGUCGUGAUUUGGCUCAAGGUUCAAGCGAGGCAACGGAGUUUGAUGACAGGCUUCUGCACCAGCGCAAUGUGGGCCGUGAGAAUUCCCAGGGCAGUGCAAUUGCCCUGGACGAGGACAACGACGCGGACGAGGAAGGAGGAAGUGCCGGGCCGCAUGACGACGGCGGUAAUGAAGCAGAUGUGGAAGUUGGGGAUGACAACAUGGAGGACUGGGGUGGGCUUGCUGACGAGGACGUCGACACGCCAAUGCAUGGACAUGACAUCUCCCCCGCCGGCGCUGUGGGAGCCGCUAUUGGUCAGGCCUCGACGUCCCGUGGAAUUUCGCUAUCGCAAAGCAGGAGUAAGGGUGGGCACGACUCACAUGCAAUGCAAGGACCGAAGGCGAGGAAAAGGACAAGGGAGACUUCUCCGUCUGCUUCUACUCACUAGAGGCAAGCCAGGACUGACGCUGUUAAUGAGGCUCAUGGAGCUUUGAAAGCGUCCCAGGAGGCGCGGCCUCCUCGGAAGAACAGCCAAGGGGGGCGAUCUGGGGGUCAAGGCGGUGGCCGUGGGGGCGGUGGCCGUGGAGGGGCGCGGAAAGGCUCCCAGAGGGUGAGACCACAAGAGUUGCGGGACUCGGGGGAUGAGGGCGAGGGAGUGGAUCCUCGCAUUCCCGAAGAUGCUGAUGAGUCGGUUCAGCGCGUCGCGCCCAUCGACACUACGCGUUGUUUCUUCCUCGAAUACGACGACCAAGGCUUUGCUACGCAAGACGUUCAUGCUCUUCACGUGGACGUCAUGAGAAUCAAACGCAUUCCCCGCG